AAGAUGAUUGGUUUUGUAGGUUUAUGUGACAAUGUACCUCAACGAUUGUCAAAGAACUGAUUUCUAUGAAGGUAUAUUGGUUUAAACACAAAGGAGUUUGACAUGCACGUCAUCAUUGAGACAAACCGAACCACGGCUAGAAUAUUCCCGGCAGUGUUGGAUGUUGAGAACCCUGAGUUCAAGAGGAAGCUAGAUAGAAUGGUUGUGAUCAAUGAGAAGCUGAUGGCUGUAGGACAAACAGACGAUCCUUCCUUUGUCAAGAACCUCAAGAGGAUUCCUCUCAUUGCUGGUUUAGUAUCUGAGAUCUUGGCUGCCUAUCUCAUGCCUCCUGUUGAGUCUGGAUCUGUUGACUUUGCUGAGUUUGAGCCUAAUCUUGUCUAUUAAGUUUUUGAGGCUGGU